AUGAUACCGCCUGCCACAGGGAAAGCACCCAUGCAUCCACUGCUGGCGAAGUACCUCAAGCAGCUGGCGACAAACCCACUGCGCACCAAGGCAUUGACGUCCGGCACGUUUUCCUUCCUCCAGGAAGUCAUCGGAUCAAACGUGGCUGGCCUCCCGCCGCCCCAGAUCUCAAAAAAUGCAGCACCCUUGACGAAAGCCCUCGCACGUGCACGUAUUGACUCCAAAGCCAUCAAGAUGGCCAUGUACGGGUUUUUCGUUUCUGCUCCAAUGGGACACCUCCUCGUCGGCCUGCUGCAGAAGGCUUUUGCUGGCAAGACAGGGCUCAAGGCGAGGCUAGGGCAGCUCCUGGCGAGCAAUCUGCUUAUCGCGCCGUUAAACGCGGCAGUGUUCUUGGCCUCUAUGGCCAUCAUCAAUGGUGCCAAAUCCUUCGACGAGGUCAUCCGCACCGUCAAGGGUGGCUUCUUCUCCGUCGUCCGAGUGUCAUGGAUGGUUUCCCCGAUAUCCAUGACUAUUGCACAGCAGUUCAUUCCUGUCGAACUUUGGGUGCCUUUCUUCAACACGAUUCAGUUCACGGUCGGCACCUUCCUCAACAUCAAAGUGAAGAAAUUGAGACUCGCCGCAAUAAGGAAGGAAGCCGAGGAACGGGAGCGAGAGAGAGCGAGAAAGGCCACGGAGGAAGUAGCAUAA